AGUUCGAAACGUGAGGAGGAAGACAGGAAUGUCUGCUACUGGGAAAUCUUCAUUGACAAUACAGUUUGUUGAAGGCCAAUUUGUUGAUUCCUACGAUCCAACCAUAGAAAACACCUUUACAAAGUUGAUCACAGUAAAUGGACAAGAAUAUCAUCUUCAACUUGUGGACACAGCUGGGCAGGAUGAAUAUUCCAUCUUUCCUCAGACAUACUCUAUAGACAUCAAUGGUUAUAUUCUUGUGUACUCUGUUACAUCAAUCAAAAGUUUUGAGGUGAUUAAAGUUAUCCAUGGCAAAUUGUUGGAUAUGGUGGGGAAAGUUCAAAUACCCAUUAUGUUGGUGGGAAAUAAGAAAGAUCUACAUAUGGAAAGGGUGAUCAGUUACGAAGAAGGGAAAGCUUUAGCAGAAUCUUGGAAUGCAGCUUUUUUGGAAUCUUCUGCUAAAGAGAAUCAGACUGCUGUUGAUGUUUUCAGAAGGAUAAUUUUGGAGGCAGAAAAAAUUGAUGGCGCAACUUCACAAGGAAAGUCUUCCUGCUCAGUGAUGUAAUCCUACUGCAGAACCUGAGGACACUGGGGAUAUACUUUGCCUGAAGAAGCAAACUGCCCAUUUUCCUUUCCUUAAGAUAAACUAUGCUUCUUUUUUCUUCUGUUAGCCUGAAAGACAUCAUUUGGGUCAGAGCCUCACACACACACACACAACUUUCAGAUUAUGUUAAAACUCUGACUGUCCAAAUGAGUUCACUUCCAUUUUCAAAUUUUAAGCAAUCAUAUUUUCAAUUUAUAUAUUGUAUUUCUUAAUAAUAUUAUGACCAAGAAUUUUACUGGCAUUAAUUUUUCAGUGUAGUUUGUUGUUUAAAAUAAUGUAAUCAUCAAAAUACUUAUUGUUACACUACUAUAAACUAAGCUUGGUACAUCAGUGUUUAUUUUAUUUCAUUGUGUUAAAUGUAUACUUGUAAAUAAAAUAGCUGCAAACCUUAGCCCUUUGUGCUUCUUAAUAUGGCAUGUAGAAAUGAAAACCCUGUUCUCCUGAGACUGUCCUUGUCCUUCAGGAAUGCUCUGGAUUGGAUUCUGGGAAUAUGUGGAGAAUGUGGCCACAGAAGCUGGCUUGUCAACCCCUUCAAAGCGCCUGCUGACUCAAGAGCUGACUGGCUAUUGGAGAUAGGCCUCUGUGGGUGACAGGCCAGGAGCUGCAAUGUGGCAGCAAAUGGAGAAUUUGUAAAUGUGUUAUGAGUUGGAUUAGAUUCAAAUGGUUAAUAGCCUUGCAGUUAUUCCCCAGUAAUUACUAUAUCAUUUCCUUUCACCCUAAAAUUCCCUAAACCUUGAUUAGAAUAUUUAGCAGCAGGUGGGAUUAUGGUGGUUUAUUUAACAUAAUGUUCCUACUAUCCAUUUACUUAUGUAUCAUGUCAUUUGAAAGAAAGGAAAUGUUAGGAGGUGUGUGUGUGUGAGAGAGAGAGAGAGAGGUUCCCAUCACCAUCCCAUAACCUCCAGGAGGUUAAAGGACAGGGAUAUUAAUAAGUAUUCUGUGUUGGGGCUUCCUAAGACACACAUUGCAUACAGCAUUGAAGGAGACAGAGUGAAACUCCUUCCUCUCUUUUCCAGUUAAGAUCCCAUUUUUAAAACGUAAAUGUUAUCGUUGACUUUACUAAUGUAAUUUUGCUUUGCAACUGAUUUUUAAUGAAAAAUUAUGUUCAAUAAAGUUUGUCAACACAGUA